CCAGGGUGAGGGGGCGGGGCUGACAGAGCCGGUGGGCGGUAGGCGGUGCUGCUGGUUUCUGGGUGCUGUUCAAAGGCGCCUGGGCGUUGUUAGGAGAGCUAGGUGUGAUCGGUUGGACCACACUUAGCGUGGGACGGAUCCUGUGCUACUGUCUGACGACGCACGGCCUUCCCUUGAUGUCGGCCCUCGAGAAGAGCAUGCACCUCGGCCGCCUGCCCUCUCGCCCUCCUCUCCCCGGCAGCGGGGGCAGUCAGAGCGGAGCCAAGAUGCGAAUGGGCCCUGGAAGAAAGCGGGAUUUUUCCCCUGUUCCUUGGAGUCAGUACUUCGAGUCCAUGGAAGAUGUGGAAGUAGAGAAUGAAACUGGCAAAGAUACUUUUCGCGUGUAUAAGAGUGGCUCAGAGGGUCCAGUCCUGCUCCUUCUGCAUGGAGGAGGCCAUUCUGCCCUUUCCUGGGCUGUGUUCACGGCAGCAAUCAUUAGUAGAGUUCAGUGUAGGAUUGUGGCUCUGGAUCUACGAGGUCAUGGUGAAACAAAAGUCAAGAAUUUUGAAGAUCUGUCUGCAGAAACAAUGGCAAAAGAUAUCGGCAAUGUGGUAGAAGCCAUGUAUGGAGAUCUCCCUCCUCCAAUUAUGCUGAUUGGACAUAGCAUGGGUGGUGCUAUUGCAGUGCAUGCAGCAGCCUCUAACCUGGUGCCAAACCUCCUGGGUCUGUGCAUGAUUGAUGUUGUAGAAGGUACAGCAAUGGAUGCGCUGAAUAGCAUGCAGAACUUCUUACGUGGUCGUCCUAAAACCUUCAAGUCUUUGGAGAAUGCUAUUGAAUGGAGUGUGAAGAGUGGCCAGAUUCGAAAUCUGGAGUCUGCCCGUGUCUCAAUGGUUGGCCAAGUCAAACAAUUGCCUUACUUUAUUCUCUUUCUAGGAAAGUUUCAGAUGCAGGUCCUACCCCAGUGUGGUCAUGCAGUCCAUGAGGAUGCCCCUGACAAGGUAGCUGAAGCUGUUGCCACUUUUCUGAUCCGGCAUAGGUUUGCAGAGCCCAUCGGUGGAUUCCAGUGUGUGUUUCCUGGCUGUUAGUGACCUGCUAUCCACCCUGUCCUCAACAUUGAGCUCUGUUGUAAAUACAUCGCACCAGAGGCCACUGUGAUACCGCUGUUUUCCUCCUCACCUUUCUGCCCAGCCAUGUGACACUGGCUUCCCAUAGAUGGACAUCCCUAUAUGUAUAAACCCUGUUGUGUAUUCCUACCCAAAGCAUUAUUUUCCAGGCCCCUUGUCCAGCAUUGGCCUUUCCGUCUAGAGUCCUCAGCUUCUACCCCUUCCCUGGGCAAGGAUAGUCCCUGCCUGUCCUCCUUGCCUUGCUUAGGGUGAAGCCUCCAGAGCUACCACCCUGGGCUUUGGUUAAUGGCAUCUGGCAAUGCACUUGGGUCCAAAUGUUUCCCCAGGCUCAGGGACUUUCAUUCCUUGAUAUUGUUCUUGGCGUGGUCCUGCCUUACCUCAUGGGAUGGACAAUGCACAUGGUGAUCUUUAUUUUUCCCUUUCAAAUAAAAUACCAGCCAGGAUACCUUUUUAUCCUAGUUUUACUCUUAACAGGUUCAGAAGACCCAGGUACAGGGAGGGGUGGUGGAUAGCAAGCAUCACAAGAAACCAGCCUGAAAAUCAGGUCCAGGCAGUCCAAGCACAUGGCCUCCUAUCUGGGUGAGCCCACUGUCCCCCUCUCACAUGUCUGGGCACCUGCCCUGGGCUGAGGCCAGGCUGCUCCAGGGGCUUCUUGUGCCCUUAUCUGCCCAAGAGCAACCCAGGUUAAAUACAGCCCAUGCACAAAGCCACAGGCUGAAGCCUGUGGGAUUGUUUUUUAAUAAUUUAACCAUUUUCAUAGUUGGUUCCUGGAGGUGUACAGAGUGCCCACUUGCCUUCUCCAGCUUCUCUUUGCUGUUUGUGGUUUCCAUGUCACUCUGCAUUGCAACCUUGCACCCCCAGUCUUUGCCCUUGUCUAGCUGCCUCAUCCCAGCACUGAGGUCUCCCCCUGUUGCCCAGGCAUGCAUUUGCAAGGGCAAAGAGGGGAAGUCUCCUAAAGCCCAUCUUUUUUGUGACUGUUUUAGGUAGUUCCCUCCACCUUUCACCCAACAGCCUCCUUUUCCUGUCCUGCUGCAUGGUCCAGAGUCUGGGACCUACUUUGUUUCUUUGUUAUUUAUGACUUGUUUGAAGAAAAUAAAUAUUUCCCAAACUUUA